CGGGCAGCGGCGCAGGGGCAAAAGUCGGCGCUGGGUAAGAAACGGCUUCCUGACUCAUUGGAGGAGGUGGACCACGGAGCACCGAAAGGGACGAACGAAUGAGUCGCAAAGCGGUGGGACUCGCGGUGGUUGGCCGACUUCGCAGAGCAAAGCCGCACGAAUAUUGGAUUGCUACAUCGGACCCAUUUGAAGGACGUCACGCCCUUGGAAUGAAUUGAUGCAUAAGAUUGCGUCAAUGGCAGAGGAGAGAAGACCGAUACAACGCGUUGGCAAGCGGUGGUUAUGAUGGUGUCGCAACGGAAGCCAUGGAAUUUUUUUGACAUUUUUGGCGGAACCUGAGCUUCAGAACCAAUUGGACCGAGGACAGCCGUUGCUAUCCGUACCUGGGUAUCGAUAAGAUUCCCUUAUCCAACCAAUCAAAGCCCUGUCGCAAAGGUCCCAUGGCCCCAACUUUCCUUGUGUCUCCCACGCUUCUGCCGUCAGCCUUCUCCUGUUGGCCCUGACCAGGCGCCCUUCCGUUGAUUUGGUAGGCCGGCAUAUCUCUCAGUUCCGUCCGUGUGACCCGAUCAUGAUCGGAUCGGAUCUCUUUUGGCAUCAAUUUCCGGGAUACUCGGAUGUCAUAUCAGCUGGACGAUCACGAGCUGUCUCCGUCGGAGAUUGACAUUUAUCGCCAUGACGUUCAAAAGUCCCAACUUGAACAACACCAUGCGUCUCUGCGUACUUGAGCAUUGGCUUCCUCACCUCGUCCUGAACCAGUAGCCUCUCGGAUCUGACCCGGCGCCGUGCGUCAUCUCAUCUCCUGUCUACCAAUGUCAGCGCUCUGGGUUCAUCCUGAGACAGACUCCAUCCAGCAGGAACAACCGCCCGCACGACAUUGACACGCUGUCGACGCCAGCUGUUGCCAACUCACCUUCUCCCUUGUUUAGCGCCGGUUGGCAUCUGCCAUGCCCCAGGCCCGGUAGUCCACACACCUUGGGGCCGAGUACCAAAACAGUGGUAGUGAGUUUUCUGUGCUGUUGGCGAUGACCUCUUGGGGCGAAAUCUUGGGCUCUCUGUAUGUCGUCCCCAGUGGUCAGAAUCUCGAUCUCUGGUCUACAGGAAUACGAUGUGUACGCUAGGAAGCCCCAUCAAGACCAGUUUCAGACAGCUCUUACCUCUUUCCCCAGCCACGGGUAAAUGACCCUGUCCCGUCUAGUGCUGCCAGAUGGCAGCACGGAAGCAGAUUACUGCAUGAUGUGCGUCCUGCCGUCGUGAUUGGGUCCCGCGCAGCUCGCGAUGUGGUGCCCUUGUGGCCCAACUCCAUGCCUGAACUACCUCGACUCCAAAUCGGCACAUGUCCGGCUUGGUUAUUUUUGUUUAGGGGAUCAAUUGUCUUCCGUAGACAAUACAAUUAUAUUUGACCCCGUUUGCAAACAAUUCUUUAUGGUGGUGUGUUUCGUCAACCCACUUUUUCUGUGUUUAUUGCCCCUUAUCCCCGAGCUACAUCGCCAUCAACAUGUCGAACGAUACCAAAGAGACAAAGCAUAGGUUGGAGAGUGCACGCCGGCCUCAGAGGAAGGAUUCAUUUUCAUCAGUCCACUCGGCUGUUCUUUCAUGGACUGGGUUACAGACCAAGAUUGGCCCCAAAUCGAUCAUAUCAAACUCGUCGUCAUUGUCUUCGUCGUCAUCAAACAGCACAUCGUCGACUGCCACACAACACACAGCUACCCCUAGCCAAGGCCUUUCAAAGCCACAACGGAGACAUAGCCAUAGUUUUGGCACAGGCUGGGAUAACAGCAACAGGGACAACACCACCAAGAAGAAGGCACGUCCGGCAUCAAUGUCACGGAAGCUUUCAUUUUCUGGCUUCAUGGGGUUGGAGGAUCCAGUUAGUGCUAAGGCAAGGCACGCAAAGCCAAACUUUUCGAAUCUUGAUCCGAAGCGGUCGGAAGAGUCGACAAAGUCUGGAAGCAAGAAUGGGUCUUUGGAGAAGGUCAACAAGACAGCUCCCGAGGCUGCCAAACGGCUCAGUCAGGCUUCCACUCUGGUGGGAAGUGUGGUGAGGUCAAAAUCCCCUCCACCACCAACCUCCACCAUGGUCCCCAAAUCCAUCCUCCGCGUCUCCAGCCCAGACGGCAACGCCCGCCGCACCCCCCGUUUCCUCGACCCCCCGGGGCCGGGGGAGCAACCCCACAGCCCAACCCUCAACGCAGCCCUUCUCUCCCCCCUCCCCUCGCCCUCCAGUUCUUCAGAACAACAGCAAACCCCGCCCCUUUCUGAGAAACCUCCCUCCCUCUCCCCCCCUCUCACCCCGUUAAACCCCCUCCUCGACUCCCCCCCGGCAUCCCCCCUCCUCACCCCAGCAAGAACAAUGUCCCCCUCCACCGUCCGCUUCGCCAAAGCGACAGUCCACCGCGUGGAGGUCGGCCCCGGGCGGAGGUUCCUGCCAGUGAAACGAAAGUCAAAGUCGACAAUCACCUAUGUUUCUCCGCAUGACCCGGGGCCGCAAAAGACGGCUCCCAAGACGGUGCUGAAGAGCGCGACGAAGUUGCGACGCCACCAGGAGAAUCAAAAGGCUAUGGGGCGGUACUGGAUGAGGACGGAGGAGGAGGAGGCGCAGUGGAGGGCCGAGGCGGAGGCGAGGGCGCAGGAGGAGGCGGAGAGGUAUAGGAAUGAGCCUAGCAGUCCUGUUGUUGGUGGACUGGAAAAAGAGGUGGGGAGUUUGGGGGAGGUGAUGAUGGGAAAGGAGAGUGAGGGGGUGGGUGAGAAGGGGGAGGGGAAGGGGUUGGGGAAGUUGGUGGAGGAGAGCGAGGAAAGUGAUAACGGGGGGGUGGAAGAAGAGGUGGUGGUGGUGGUGGAGGAGGAGGAGGAGGAGGAGGAUAGCUCGAGUGACAGUGAUGAUGGGUCUGAGGCCGGGGCGAGGUGUGUGGAGGAGGUGGUGAUUACGGAAGUGAUCGACUUGACGGAACCCAUCGAAGAGGAGGAAGAUGGCGACAAGACUGUUGUGGAGUUGCCAAAAGCAGCGAAAGUAUCUGUCGAGGAGGUGCCCGCGGAAUCACCAACCGAGAACCACCACCCAACGCCUGACCCGAACCCGGACGUCACCGAGGUCGAUGCGUCCCCCUUCCCACAACCCCCUUCCCCUCCUCCCAUGAGCUCAACCAACCCCGCUCAGUUCAAACCCAACACCGCCUCCUUCUCCCACCUCCACUCCCAACUCCUCUCCUCAGAAAAAGAAGCCGCCGCCCUCCGCGCCCGCCGCACCGCCGAGCGCCUCCAGCAGUCCCUCCUCAACGAGAAGCCCGCCACCAACGCGAUCAUCUCGGUCCACCUCGCCAGUCACCAGACUCUUAAGUCCCCCAACUUCCCCGCCCAGCUCCGGACCCCGAGUCCGGGUAGCGAAAAGCCCGACAACAGAAGACGGCUGAGCCAGACGAGGUCGACUGCUGAUCUCCGGACUUUCAAGCUCCCCGAGCCGGCAACCACCGGGAGUGGGAAUGUGGUGGGACAGAGCGCCAUGGCUAGUGUUGCGACGGCGGUCGGGAGCGAGAUUCAGAGGUCGACGAGCCCGAAUAAUAGCUUGCAACUGUCGAGGGGGAGGAGGGAGAGGAGUCGGAAUCGGGAGAGGGGGUAUUUCCAGGUUAAGAAGGAAGGUGUUGUUGUAUAAAAGGGGAUUAUGAGGUGAUAAGUGGC